AUGCCUCCAAAAAUGAAACUUCCUGUUGCAAAAGCUGGAGCCGGUGGUGGUGGUAAAAAAGGAAAGAAAGGUAAAAAGAAAGUAAUUAUUGAACCAGAGCCCGAACCGGUCUUGCAAGAUUCGGAUACAUCAUUUUUGGAAAGAGAACUGGAUUUGAUAACAGAUCUUAAUGAUGAAUUUUUCAAUCGCGCUAAUAAGACUAUACAAAUGCUUAUGGAAAAAGGACGAACAUUUGAAGCAUCGAGGAUAAAGAAGUAUACCGAUAUUAUUUACAAUUUACAUCGUCGUUAUGUCCAGCAGCUAAAAGAAAACGAAGAGCUAAGGCCACAAGUAAUUAGGGCUGAAAAUAAAUUUCGUUUAGCUUUGGAAUUGACUGCCACCUCGGAGGAAUCAAUGCAGUAUCUUAAGGAAGCGUUGGGUAAUGCAUGGAAAGAAUCCGAUGCCUCUCUGACACGCGAACAAGAGACUCAAGAAAAAUUCCAAGAGAUCCUAAUGAAAUGUGAAACAUUUGAAAGCAAACAAGCGGACAAACAAGAUGAUAAUGCUGAAUUUGGUCAUUUAUCGAAAUAUAAGAAUAUUAUUUUACGUGAACGUGAUCGCAUCAAUGGCGAAGUUAUCGAUUUGGAAAAACGCCUACAGGUCCAGCGUUACUAUUCCGAAUCAUUGGAAUAUAUAAUACACAAUCAUGAGGAUACACUGAAUAAAAUGGGUGUGCGUGUCAAAGUUUUAGCAUCGGAAAAACAAAAUUUGGAUACGAAAAUCCGAACGUUAAUGAAUAAUUUGGAAGAUCAGAAGGACAUAAAUCAUAAGACAUUGGAUAAAUUGGAUGCCACCACAAAAGAGCUCAAUGAUACAAUUGCCGCACUUAAUAAAAAAUCCGGAGAAUAUGAUCGCCUAAAGAUAGCUGCUGAUAAGCUAAAAAAUGACAAUGCCCUACAAGCAAAACAAUUGACCAAAUACGAAGAUGAAAUUGCAGAUUUGCAUAAAACGCAAAAAGAAGCAGACGAUACAAUUCGAGCACAGCGUCUCGAGGACAAGGUCAAAGGACAUACCAUAAAUCAAUUGACAAAUAAAUAUAAAAAGGCAGUGCAGGAUCAUAGCUCGGUAUCAUCUAAACUAUAUAAAAUCAAUCGUAUCAAUAAUGGUCUUAACGAGGAUAUCAUACGGAUGAAAAAUCAAGCCAACUCCUUGGAAAAAGAUCUUUUGAAUUCGGCACAAAAAUUCGAUGAUUUACGCCGUCUCAAGGACAAUGUUCAAAGGGAACGUGAUAACCUGAGAAGUGAUGUCACCAAAUUGAAUAAUCAAAUUGCCGAUUUACGUCACACAAUAAUGAUGCAGAGCAAUACCAUUGACAGUUUACGUUUGGAUAUCAAUAAACUGAAUAUAAAAGUGGAUGAGGCAAAAAUCAAUAUUGCCAAAGCGGAAAAGGAACGUGAUGAAAUGGCCCAAGAAGUUGAAACGUUACAAGAAAAAAUUGAAUAUUAUCAGGAACAAAUACAACUGAAAACCGCCCAAAUAAUCGAUCUAAGUGAAAAAUUACAACAAAAGCAUCACGAUUUGAUUAAUAUGAAAAAACAACUGGAGUCGGUGCAUUCGGAGAAAAUGAUAUUGCAGCGAACAUUGGAGACCUGUACACAAGAACGAGACAAUUUCCGGCUAUUACAGACUAAAACUUCUCAUCAAAUUACCCAACUAACAAAUGAAAUUGCCGCCAAUCAAAAUAAAAUCAAUUCUCUUAAUUUACGCAUUGAACAUUUGAAUACAGACAAAAAAGAACUACAGUCCGAAGUAAGAAAUAAAGAAAAUCUCCUGAAUGGUGUUCGCAAAGAUUUGAAAGAGAUGAAAUUGAAAAAUGAACAAUUGAUGAAAACCAUAUCGGAUGAUGAAUUGAAAUUUAUGAAAAUAGCACAGGAAUUGGAAGAGACACGUAAAGAGAAAAAUCUGAUAGGUUUGCAAAUGGUUAGGCGCAACGAUGAAAUUGUACUGCUGAAGGAGAAAUUGUGUAUUACCCAGACGGCAUUGGAUCAAGGUCAAACCCAAUACAAUCAACGCGUUGAAGAUAUACGCCUAUUGAAAAUGGAAAUUAGCAAUCUGCAGACGGAACGUGAAUGCCUGUCACGUACCAUUAAAAGUACGGCCAAUAUGCGUGAGGAAAUUAUCCGUUUGCAAAGGUCAUUAAAUCAGGAGCGGGUACGAGUUCGCGCCUUAACCGAAGAUGCGAAAACACCAACUGGUAUACAUCGUUGGCGUAUUCUCAAAGGUGAAGAUCCACCGAAAUUCCAGCUUUUGUCAAAGGUGCAAAUGUUACAAAGGCGUCUUUUAAAACAAGAAACUGAAAAGUUGAAUCUACAAAAUCAAUUACAAGAAUCGCAGAAAAUAAGUCAAACACUAAAGCGAAUUUUGGAAAAUUUGCCUACAACAAAUGUAAAACAGAAGCUUGUUGAAACUCAACGUAUUAACAAAAAACAAUUGAAGAAAUUAAAAGCACUCAGCGCUGAAUUGGCUAUCGAUGCAAUUGAAUUGAAGGCCCGUGAAUGUAUUAUCGAUGAAUUUAAGACAACUUUAAAAAUGACCAAGGUACAGAUGUGUGCCACAGAGGAUACCCUCAAUUCCCUGUCAAGUUUACUGGAACCCACCACCGACUAUUCGAGUCAAGAGAAUUAUGUUGAUUGCGUUUUUACAACCACAGAACCAUCAUGGAAAAAUACCGAUUCAAAUAAAUCGAAUGAGAAAUUGGAAUAG